UUUCCUUAUCCUUUACUUGGCAUUUGGUAUUAGUUUUAACAACUUUACUACUAUAAAUUGAGCCUCUUUGCCUCAACCAUUUGCAUAAACAAUUCAUCAUUGCAAUUGUAUAGAAAUAUACACAAAAGAGAAAAAAAAAUUAAAAGUUCUAGCCAUGGCUGCAUCUUUCUCAGUUCCUUCAAUGAUUAUGGAAGAAGAGAGGAGAUUUGAAGCAGAGGCAGCAGAGGUGCAAGCAUGGUGGAACACAGAGAGGUUCAGGCUAACCAAGAGGGCAUAUUCAGCUAGGGAUGUGGUGGCACUAAGAGGAACUAUGAGGCAAAGUUAUGCAUCAAAUGAGUUAGCCCAGAAGCUGUGGAGGACACUCAAGACUCAUCAAGCUAAUGGGACAGCUUCAAGGACUUUUGGUGCACUUGACCCUGUUCAAGUCACCAUGAUGGCUAAGCAUUUGGAUUCUAUUUAUGUCUCUGGUUGGCAGUGUUCUUCAACUCACACAAGUACUAAUGAACCAGGGCCUGAUCUUGCUGAUUACCCUUAUGACACUGUUCCUAACAAAGUGGAACAUUUGUUUUUUGCUCAGCAGUAUCAUGAUAGGAAGCAGAGAGAAGCAAGAAUGAGCAUGAGCAGAGAGGAGAGGGCAAGAACCCCUUUUAUUGAUUACUUGAAACCUAUCAUUGCUGAUGGUGACACUGGAUUUGGUGGUGCAACUGCUACUGUUAAGCUGUGUAAGCUUUUCGUGGAGCGCGGUGCUGCUGGUGUCCACAUUGAGGAUCAGUCCUCUGUUACUAAGAAAUGUGGUCAUAUGGCUGGUAAAGUGCUUGUUGCUGUAAGUGAACAUAUUAACAGGCUUGUGGCUGCAAGGUUGCAGUUUGAUAUCAUGGGGACUGAAACGGUCCUCGUCGCUCGUACUGAUGCGGUUGCAGCCACAUUGAUCCAAACCAAUGUGGAUACAAGGGAUCACCAGUUCAUUUUGGGUGUUUCCAACCCGAAUCUCAAGGGCAAGGGUUUGGCUACUCUUUUGUCUGAAGCUAUGGCUGCAGGCAAAACAGGGCCCGAACUUCAAGCCAUUGAGGAUAAUUGGCUUGGAAUGGCUGAACUCAAGACAUUUUCUCAAUGUGUCACUGAUGCAAUCAAGAAAAUGAACCUUGCGGAGCACGAGAAGCAGAGGAGGUUGAACCAGUGGAUGAAUCAUUCAAGCUAUGAGAAAUGUCUUUCGCACGAACAAGCUAGGGAGAUUGUUGAAAGACUUGGCCUUCCAAAUCUUUUUUGGGACUGGGACUUGCCAAGAACCAGAGAAGGGUUCUACAGGUUUCAGGGAUCAGUAGAGGCUGCAAUUGUUCGCGGAUGGGCUUUCGCCGAAUACUGUGAUCUAGUCUGGAUGGAGACAUCAAGUCCUGAUAUGGUGGAAUGCACAAAAUUUUCUGAAGGAGUGAAGUCUCUAAGGCCUGAGCUGAUGUUGGCUUACAAUCUGUCUCCGUCAUUCAAUUGGGAUGCAUCAGGAAUGAAUGAUUACCAAAUGAUGGAUUUCAUUCCAAGAAUAGCCAAGUUAGGCUAUUGCUGGCAGUUCAUUACUUUAGCUGGUUUCCAUGCUGAUGCACUCAUCGUCGACACGUUUGCCAAGGAUUUCGCCAAGAGGGGAAUGUUGGCCUAUGUGGAGAAAAUACAAAGAGAGGAGAGGAGCAAUGGUGUUGACACAUUGGCUCAUCAGAAAUGGUCUGGUGCUAAUUACUAUGAUAGAGUUCUAAGGACUGUCCAGGGAGGCAUCACCUCUACAGCUGCUAUGGGCAAAGGUGUAACUGAGGAGCAAUUUGAGGCAAAAUGGACAAGGACUGGAACAACAAACUUGGGUGAUGGAAGUGUGGUGAUUGCAAAGGCAAGGAUGUAAGAAAAACAACAACAAAAA